ACAGCUGACUGACUGACUGACUGACAGCUGACUGACUGACUUACAGCUGACUGACUGACAGCUGACUGACUGACAGCCGGUGGCCGCUAAACUACAGCCUGCGGCCGCACACUUGGAACCUGCCAAAUCACAGCCGCUGUCUCCUGAAUUAACGAGCUGGCAGCUCAUUAAUAACAACCGCGGCCGCUCGGCUACAACCGGUGGCCGUUCAAUUCCAGCCGGUCACCAAUCAGCCACAACCAGUGGCUGCUGAGUGGCAACUGGUGGCCACCAAAUCACCACCGGUGGUCGCUGGAUGCCAACUGGCGGCUGCUCAGCAACGGCCGGUGGCCCCUAAGUCACAACUGGUGGCCAACAGCUUGCAGCCAGGGUGGCCGUGCCGGCUGUGACCCCCCGCCGAAGCGCCCGGCAACAACUGCCCCGCUCGGUCCAUGAGGGCCCCGCUCACAGGUGCGGCGCGCGGGGAUGGCAGCGGUGGAGGUGUCGGACGCGGGGCACAGCCGGGCGCUGCUGCUGGAGCUGAACGAGCAGCGCCUGCGGGGACAGUUCUGCGACGUCACCCUCAUCGCGGGGGACACCAAGUUCCGCGCCCACCAGAACGUGCUGGCCGCCUGUAGCCCCUACUUCCGGGAGGCCCUGGGAGCGGCCGCCUGCACCCCUGCCGCGGUGUUGGAGCUGCCGGGGGUGCAGGCAGCGGUGCUGGCCGACGUCCUCAACUUCAUCUACAACGCGCGCCUGGCCGUCCCCUCACCGGCCGUCGCCCGCGAGCUGGGGGCCGUAGGCCGGCGCUUGGGCAUCGCCACCCUCCAGGGCUUGGAGACGCACCACGACACCGCCUGGAGUCCUCCGACUGCCGGUGACGGCUCUGCCACCAACACCGAGGCGCUGGCGGCACCGGUUGACCUGACGACGUGCGGCGGUCGUCCCGGCGAGGUGACGGAGACGGCGCCAUCAGAGGCGCCACCGCCGGCGGCUGUCAUCACAUCGCCAGGUGUAGCCUCGCUGGGUGUCACAGCGCCGGGUGUUGCACCACCAAAUGGAGCCUCGCUGGGUGUCACCUCGCCAGGUGUCGCACCACCAAAUGAAGCCUCGCUGGGUGUCACCUCGCCGGGUGUCGCACCACCAAAUGGAGCCUCGCUGGGUGUCACCUCGCCGGGUGUUGCAUUGCCGGGUGUUGUGUCCCUGGGUGUAGCAUCGCCGGGUGUCGCGCUGCCGGGUGUGGUGUCGCCAGGCGCAGCGCCGCCAGGUGUAGCCUCUCUGAGUGUUGUGCCACCAGGCGUGGUGUCACCCGGCGUAGCGUCCCUGGGUUUAGCAUCACCGGGUGUAGCCUCGCCGGGUGUGGUGUCGCCGGGUGUCGCGCCGCCUGGUGUGGCAUCCCUGGGUGUAGCGUCACCGGGCGUCACGUCACCAGGUGUGGCGUCGCUGGGUGUCACCUCGCUGGGUGUAGCGCUGCCGGGUGUCGCGUCGCCAGGCGUCGCGCUGCUGGGUGUGACGUCACCGGGGGUGGCCUCGCCGGGCGUAGCGUCCCCAGGCACGGCCUCCCCGUCCCCGCUGCACUGCGGGCUGUGCGGCCGGGUGUUCGGCACGGUGGCGGCGCUGGGGCUGCACAGCAAGCUGCACCGCGCGCGGCGGGGGUUGGCGUGCCGCCACUGCGGGAAGAGCUUCAUCCAUGUCAAGCGGCUGCAGACGCACGAGGUGUUGUGCGAGAAGGAGGGCGCCGACAACGCCGCCACGGCCGGCGCGGCCACGGCUGCACCGCCGACACCGCCGCAACCGCCGCCGCAGCCGCCGAGCAAGAAGGCGCUGCUGCUUCGACACCGCGCGCUGGAGGUGGCCGAGCCGGAGCGUGGGGAGCCGGCGGCCGGCAGCACGGCGGCGGACAACCGGCGCACGGUGUACCUGUGUGCCGUCUGCCAGCGCUCCUACGUCACCCUGUCCAGCCUGAAGCGCCACGCCAACGUGCACUCAUGGCGGCGGCAGUACCCGUGCCGCUACUGCGACAAGGUGUUUGCCCUGGCCGAGUACCGCACCAAGCACGAGGUGUGGCACACCGGCGAGCGCCGCUACCAGUGCGUCUUCUGCUGGGACACCUUCGUCACCUACUACAGCCUGAAGGCACACCAGAAGGCGCUGCACGGCAUCAGCCCCGGCCUCAUCGCCUCCGAGAAGACCCCCAACGGCGGCUACCGGCCCAAGCUCAACGCGCUCAAGCUCUACCGCCUGUUGCCCAUGCGGGCGCACAAGCGGCCUUACAAGACCUACAGCCAGAGCCUGGCGGCCGACGGCCUCCAACAACCGGCCGCCUUCGUCACCCCGCGCCCGGCAGAGCCGGCAUCGGUCAUCACCUACGGGCGGCCCUCGGCCUCCGUCAUCGUGCACAGCGGCACCGCCACCACCGCCGCCGCUGCCACCACCGCCUCCGUCAUCGCGUACAACGGCAUGGCCGCACAGCCCAGCUCGCCGCCCGCCUCGCCGCCGGUGAAGCCGAUGAAGAAGCAGGUGCUGCGCGACUACUUCGAGGCGCAGCGCGCGGCGGCCGCGGCCGUGCCCACCAACCCCGGCACGGCGACGCCGACGGCCGGCGUCACCACGGCCCCAGGGCGCACCAUGACCUACGUGGCCAAACCGGCCUACGUGGGGACGAGCAGCGAGAGCCGCGCCGCGCCGCUGUGCCAAAUCACCGUCCGCAUCGGCGAGGAGGCCAUCGUCAAGCGGCGCAUCUCCGAGACCGACCUCCGCCUGCAGCCGGACGGCGGCACCGCCGCCACCGCCACCGCCAGCGCCGCGGGCUCACCCGCCUCGCGGCCCCGCGACAGCGCGGAGGAGGACAGCGACGGCGAGGACCGGCUGUGGAGGCCGUACUACAGCUACAAGCCCAAGAGGAAGGGCGGCGGGAGCAACACCGCCACCAAAGGGCGGAAAUCCAGGUGGCGGCGGCCGCUGCGGGCGCUGCGUUGGGGGGCGGCUGACGGCGAGGAGGGGGGGAUGCGGGGGUCGCGGGGCAGCCCGGGGGGCACGGAGUGGAAGUACAGCUGUGGGGUGUGCGGGAAGCCGUUCUCGGCGCUGAGGAAGCUGCGGAAGCACGAGCGGGGCCACGAAGGGGGACAGGCGGCCGUGGGGGGACUACAGGCGGCGGCGACAGGCGGCGGCGGGGUGACGGCGCGGGUGGGUCGGCGGCCGUCGCUGCGCUUCGCCUGCGAGCAGUGCGCCAAGGUGUGCAAAACCGCCGCCGCGCUGAGCCGGCACAACCGGCGGCACCGGGGGACAACGAGCGGCGCGGGGUCACCUGCCGGCGUCGUCGCCUACAGCGCUGCCGGGGAGGAGGAGGGCGAGACAGGCGGCCGUGACGGCCUGUCUGCGGGUGGCGGCGCGGCACCGGGCCGUGGCGGCGUCACGACACCGGGUGACGGCAGCGCUGGGCACGGUGACACCGCGAUGACGGCUGGCUGCGGUGAGAAAGCCGCGCUGGGUCCCGGUGACAAAGCGGCACCCGGCGUUGGUGACAGAGCCGCGCUGAGUCCCGGUGACAAAGCGGCACCGGGUCCCGGUGACAAAGGCACGCCGAGCGUCGGCAGCGCCGUGACGCCGGGUCCCGGUCGCGCAGAUGGCGGUGACAAAACAGCCCCGUGUCGCGGUGACAAAGCCGUGCCGGGCCUUGGCGACACCGCAGCGCCGGGUCCUGGCAGCGCCGUCGCUCCGGCUCACGGUGACAAAACGACGACGGCGAGGCACGGUGACAAAACGGCGCCCGCCGCCGCCACCCCCGUGUGGGCCGACAGCAGCGCCGCACCGCCGGCUCACGUUGACGGCACGGCGCCGGGUGACGACGGCGUCACCGUGCCGGGCGACACCACGGGCGACGCCGUCGUCCCCCUGGGGCCUCCCUACCCCCCCCAGGAACACCCCUUGGCUCUCCUGGCGCGGGCGGGGGCUGCGGAGGAGCUCGGCGGGGGUCCCAAACUCGGCUCCCCCCCUCCCCCGAGGCCCCCCCCUCCCCCAGCCCCUCCGGGCCCCACAUUUACGCUGCCCUACGCCCCCCCCCGGCUCUUGGCCGCCUAUCC